ACAAACUAAGAUGUCAUCAGUAAAGAGGAGUCAAUACUUUUAGGCAAACGGAUAGCAAAAGAGCAGAAUUGCAGCGAAAGUGAGGAUUGGUUGCAAUGUUUGCGAAGAUUGGAUGCAAAAGUGUUCAACAAAUAUGUAGUUCCGAUGACAUAUCCAGUAUUGGGCACUGAAUUCCUACCCAUUUCUGCACAAAAAGCAUUUGCGAACAAAAAAUAUAAUUCAGAUGUGGAUAUAAUGGCAGGCAUUGCCAGCACUGAGGGCUCAAUGUUAGCUAUUUAUGCGAUGCAUUUAAAAGACAAAUUAACUUUAAAUGACUUGAUUGAGGCCACGAAGACAUCGGACAGUGUUUACCACGGAUUGGAUGUGAAACGUGUGGACGACUAUUAUCUACAAAAUGUCCACAAAAACAGUUCACUUGAGCUCAAGAAAGCGUUUUAUGAAUUAUACGGCGAUUUAAUAAUGAAAUGUCCGACAUAUCUGUUUGCUAAACAAGCUGCUUUAAAUGGACAACCUGGUCAUAAUGUAUAUUUCUACCAGGUCACUUAUCAAAAUAAGCACUUCGCCCAUCAAUUUGGUUGUGAUGUUGAGGGUAUGGGUGUCUGUCAUGUCGCUGAAACUGCAUUUGUCUAUGGCUUGCCUUAUCUAAUACCCGACGCUUACUCUCCAAUGGACGCUAUAUUUAGCGCAGAUUUAAUGAAAAUGUGGACUAAUUUUGCUAAAUAUGGG